AUGGGCAUUAUCCGUGUCAGCUCGCACGCUCUACGAAAACUCUCAGCCAGCAACAGGAAAGCUUGUCGCAGCUAUUCUUCUCAUGUUUCUCAACCACUUUACAAGACACAACAAGGUGUUGUCCUAGGACAGGCACAGACCCAGUCCAACGGCUGGGUUAUACCUGCAGCACUGGCUAUCGUAGGUUUAGGAGUGUCUACGUUCUCCACCCAACAACUGGUGUCUGGCACCGACACCAUCAAGAUGUUCUCCUCACACACAACAGCCAAACAAUAG